CAACGGGAAUUUACACGCUGCCUUGAUAUGGGAAGAUGUCGUUGGAUGGCACGCCAGGGGUUGCGGAGUGUCCUGUGCCCGUGGAGUAGUUGGCGGGUUCCCUUGUCAGGGAGUCUCCUGCGCAUCCUCGCAGAGAGGAUUGCAGGAUGCAAGGACAUGCCUCGUCCGAGAGGGCCUUUUUGCUGCUUGAGAACGUGAAAUCGAUCUUGUCAAAGAAGCCGGCCAUGCGAAAGCUGAUGUGGUUCAUCAUCCAGGCCUGUCAUGAACGAGGAUUGCGCCUCCAUUGGGCCACGGUGAGUCUCAAAAACAUCGGCCUGGCAGCUUCGCGCCAACGGGUGUUCUUUCUGGCGAAGCUACCUAAAGCCAAGCUGGCUUGGGAGGACAUGCCGUUGCUUCCAUUGGCUUCUUUGGAGAAUGCAAUUCCUUCUUCAUGGAAUGCCCCGCAGCCUCCGAUGCACAGUUGGCUGGAGGAUUCUCGCUCCGCUGAGGAUUCUGAUCGUAUGCAGAAGCCAGAUCCCCGCUCAAGCCGAAUGUUCGCGCUCUGCUGAAAGAGUCCAGAGUUGAUG